AUGCAUUUGCGAGACAGCGAAGGCGGCGGAACCGCCUACCAAGAAACAGGCCUCACUGACGGCGCAACGAACGGCUUGACCAACGGCAACAAUACCGUGAACCCCUCUUCAACGAGGACCGUCGUCGUGACAUCGCGGGCCGAAUCCACCACCACCACCGCCGGUGUAAGCGACUUUAGACAUGAGCUCCUUCUUGCAUGGCUGCUCGUCCUCCACCGCAACAACGACGACGGCCUGAGCAAGGUGAACUGGGGAUUCAGAACAAAGGACGGCCAGGAACCGUCGUCGGCGACACACAACAGCCUGAGCCUGAGCGAGGCGCCGUUCAAGAACAGCGACUCGAUAGCAGAGGCCUUGGAGGUCAUCAAGGACCUCGGCGAGAGCGGUCUCGAGAGUGAAACGCAGACCAUCCCGGUGAUAUACUUUAACAAUGGAGCACCCAAACCUCAGGGCAACUCUGAGAAGGCUCCCUCCAAGAGAUCACAAGACUGGACAUACCAGAUCGAGGCGACGCUCAACGAGAACCAGCUGGUGAUCAAGGCCCAAUGGGACCGGGCCGUCCUCUCCUACCGCCACGCCAUCUUCCAGCUCGAUUCCUUCAUCGAGAUCCUCACCACUGUCCUCGAGAAGCCCUACCGUCAGGUCUCGGACACAAUCGGCCCCACCGCAAAGGACCUCGAGCAGCUCUGGACAUGGAACGCCGAGCUGCCCGAGAACAUGCAAAAGUGCAUGCAGGACAUCAUCUCCGAGGUCGCGGCCAAGGGACCCGAAAGGCCGGCUGUCGAGUCCUGGGACGGUAACUUCUCCUACGGCGACGUCGACCGCCUCUCCACCCGCCUCGCGCGCCACCUCGUCGCCCGCGGCGUCACCGUCGGCUCCACGGUGCCAAUGUGCUUCGAAAAGUCCCGCUGGACCACCGUCGCCCUCCUGGCCGUCAUGAAAGCCGGCGCCGCCUUCGCCCUCACGGACCCGUCCCAGCCCGAGGCCCGCCUCCGCACCAUCGUCGAGCAGACCGGCGCCACCAUCAUCGUCACCUCCCAGAACCAGAGCGACCUCGGCCGGCGCAUCGCGCCCGAGCAGACCCUCGUCAUCGCCUCGGACGACACCCUCAACAAUGAUACCCUCGAGCUCGCCGCCGAGCUGCCCGUCGUCCCGCCCUCGUCCCCGCUCUACAUCCAGUUCACCUCCGGCAGCACGGGCAAGCCAAAGGGCGUCAUGAUCUCCCACGAAAACUUCACCAGCGGCGCCGUGCCCCGCGGCUGGGAGGUCGGCUACCGCGCCCACUCGCGCUGCUUCGACUUCGCCUCGUACGCCUUUGACGUCAGCAUCGAUUGCAUGCUCUGCACGCUCGCCGCCGCCGGCUGCCUCUGCAUCGCCUCGGACGAGGACCGCAUGAACGACCUCAGCGGCGCCAUCCGCAACUCAAAGUGCAACAUGGCGCACAUGACCCCCUCUGUCGCCCGCGUCCUCGACGCGGACGUCAUCCCUUCCCUCGAGGUCCUCGGUCUCGGAGGUGAAGCCGUUUCUGCGGGUGACGCCUCGACGUGGAGCAAGACCACGAGCGUCAUCAUCGCCUACGGACCCUCAGAGUGCACCGUCGGCUGCACAAUCAACGGCAACGUCAGCAGCACCUCAACCAACAUCGGCAAGGGCACCGGCGGCCUCACAUGGAUCGUCGACCCGGACGACCACGAGCGCCUCAUGCCCGUCGGCGCCGUCGGCGAGCUCCUCAUCGAGGGCCCCGUCGUUGGCAUGGGCUACCUCAACGACAAGGCCAAGACGGACGAGGUCUUCAUCGAGGACCCGGCCUGGCUGCUCGCCGGCGGCGGCCCCGCCCGCGGCAGACACGGACGCCUGUACAAGACGGGCGACCUGGUCCGCUACGACCCGGAUGGCACGGGUUCCAUUGCCUUCGUCGGCCGCAAGGACCAGCAGGUCAAGCUCCGCGGUCAACGCAUCGAGCUGGCCGAGGUCGAGCACCACCUCCGGGGCAAGAUGCCCUCGGGCGUCAAGAUUGUCGCCGAGGUCAUCAAGCCCGGCGGCAGCGAGCCCACGCUCGUCGCCUUUGUCGUCGAGCAGAACCCCGUUGACGGCCCUGCAGAUGCCGAGGUCGGCGACGUCACCACCUUCUCCCCCGAGUUCAGCCAGGCCAUCGCCGAGAUCGACAUUGCCCUCGGCGCCGAGAUCCCCCGCUACAUGGUCCCCUCGGCCUACAUCCCCCUCCGCAAGAUGCCCUCCCUGGUCUCGGGGAAGAUCGACCGCAAGCGCCUGCGCGAGCUCGGAGGUUCCAUGUCCCGCGAGCAGGUCGCCCGCCUGCGCGUCGCGCCCACCGAGAAAUCGGAGCCUGAGACGGAGAUGGAGAAGGCGCUGCAGCAGGUCUGGAUCAAGAUUCUGGGCAGCGAGUCCGCCGCCGCCAUCGGUCUGCACGAUAGCUUCUUCGCUCUCGGCGGUGACUCCCUGCGCGCGAUGAAGCUCGUCGCUGCCGCGAGAGAGGACGGCAUCGCUCUGACUGUCGCAACCAUCUUCAACUUCCCCACGCUCAAGGCCAUGGCUGAGAACGCGACCAAGGUGUCCAAGGAAGACGACGCCGCCGUCGCGCCCUUCUCCCUCCUCGAGGAAGGAUGGACCCCCGAGGAGGCCCGCGCCGAGUCCGCCAAGCUCUGCGGUAUCGACGAGUCCGCCAUCGAGGACAUUUACCCCUGCACGCCCCUCCAAGAGGGUCUCAUGGCUCUGUCGGCCAAGGUCACCUCGGCGUACGUCGCGCAGAGAGUCGUCGACCUCGCGGACGCGGCGACAGCAGACAAGCUCCGCAACGCCUUCGACGUCGCCGCCGCGGACUGCGCCAUCCUCCGCACGAGAAUCGUCCAGGUGCCGGGCCGCGGCCUCGCCCAGGUCGUCGUCAAGGAAGACAUCGCCUGGCACAUUGGCGACGACCUCCAGGGCUACCUCGUCAAGGACCGCGAGGAGGGCAUGGACCUUGGCAGACCCCUCGUCCGCUACGCCCUCGUCACGGACAACGCGUCGGGCAAGGUGCAGUUCGUGCUGACGAUGCACCACGCCCUGUACGACGGCUGGUGCAUGCCCCUCAUCGUCGACAAGGUCAACAAGGCCUUUGACGGAGAGAAGGUCCAGCGCCCGGCCGAGUUCAAGGACUUCAUCAAGUACCUCGGCAGCAUGGACCGCAGCGCCGCCGAGACAUACUGGCGCGAACAGCUCCAGGGUGCCGCUGCCACUACGCAGUUCCCCGCGCUGCCGUACGAGGGCUACCAGACGCAGGCCGACUCUCUUCUGGAGGUCUACGUGCCCCUGAACGGCAGACCUGCCUCCAACACCACCGUCGCCACCGUGAUUCGCGGUGCCUGGGCCUACGCGGCAUCCCACUACGCCUCAUCCAACGAUGUCAUCUUUGGCGAGACCCUCACCGGCCGCAACGCGCCCAUCAGAGGAUCCGAUGAAAUCGAGGGUCCCAUGAUCACGACCGUCCCCUUCCGCACCCAGGUCAACGCCGAGACGCUCGUCAGCGACUACCUCCAAGACAUCCAAGACCAGACCAUCCAACAGAUCCCUUACGAGCACACCGGUCUCCAGCACAUCCGCCGUCUCAGCCCGGAUGCCCUCGAGGCCUGCGAGCUGAGAACCGGUCUCGUGCUGCACCCGAGCGCCGACGACUUUGAUCAGGAAGAGUUCAACAAGUACCCCGCCAACCGCCUCGUCCCCGCCGGCGACGCGGAAGCCGCGGAAGAAGCUCUCAAGUUCAACACCUACGCCCUCAUGCUCGUCUGCUCGACGGACCCCAAGGGCUUCUUGGUGAUGGCCUCGUUCGACUCAAAGACUGUUCAGAAGCCUCUCAUGGAGAAGGCACUCGCUCAGUUCUCUCAAGUGGCGCAGAAGCUUUGCCAGCUUACCGACACGCCACUUGGCGACAUCGCGUACCUGACUGAGGAGGACAAGACCGAGGUCGCUCGCUUGAGCACCGAGAGCGUCAAGAGCGUUCAGAAGGAGUACCCGGAGGCCGAGGCGGUGUACAUUGUUAACCCAACCGACUCUGCGCUUCUGGCACCUCUUGGAGUUGUUGGUGAAUUGGUGGUCGUUAGCAAGUCCGACUUGUCUCUCUCCACGCUGGAGAACCCUUCGUGGACCGAGAACAAGGAGGCUGGCAAAUUCUACAAGACGGAGCGCCUCGCCAAAUUCAACGCAGAUGGAUCUGUCGAGAUCACCGGCAAGACGAGCGAUCUGGUCCAAAAGGCCAGCACUGCUACCAAGGCGCCUACUAAGCGCAUCUCUGCCACAUCCGCCAAGCAGCGUCGUCUGCGAACUCUCUGGAGCCGUGUACUCAGGCUCCCCGAGAGCGAUAUCGGCCUCAACGACAGCUUCUUCCGUCUUGGUGGAGAUUCCAUCGGUGCUAUGAAGCUCGUCUCCGAGGCCCGCUUGGCUGGCCUCACACUUACCGUCAACCAGGUCUUCACGAAGAGGACGCUGUACGACAUGGCCAGCGUCCUGCAGGACUCUGAGCCCACUCAGGACUCUCAAGAGUCCCUGAAGCCUCUCGUUCCCUUUGAGCUGGUUGAGAACCUCGGCGAUGCUCCGGCAGAAACCCUCCGUCCCCUUCUCGCCGACCCAUCAUGGAAGAUUGUCGACGCCUUCCCCGCAAGACCGUUGCAGGAGGUCGCCGUCAAGGGUACGAUUGAGAUUCCUCGCUUCUCUGCUCGUUACGAGGCCAUGUACUUCGAGAGCGACGUCGACCGCCCCCGCCUCUUCCAGAGCUGCCAAGAGCUUGUCACUCUCAACGAGGUGUUGCGAUCAGUCUUUGUCAAGCACAAUGGCGUUUGCCUGAGCGUCAUCCUCGAAGACGUCAAGACCCCCGUCGUCGAGUAUGAGAUCGACAGCGACGUUGAGACCUUUGUCAAGGACCUCUGCAACAUGGACGUCCAGACCCGGAUGCCACUUGGCUCCAUCUUUGUCAAGUGGUUCUUCGUCCACAGCAGCAAUGGCCAGUCCGCUCUGGUGUUCCGCGUCUCGCACGCUCAGUACGAUGAGAUUUGCCUUCCCAUCAUGCUGCACCAGCUUUCAGCUCUGCACGAGGGCAAGCCCGUUCCCAAGGCUCUCCCCUUCUCCUCCUUCGUCGGCCACGUUGUCAAGUCCAACAUCCCCCAGAGCGUCGACUACUGGAAGGAGCUCCUCCAAGGAUCCUCCGUCAAUGUUCUGAAGCCCGAUACCCCCGUGACGGAGAGACAGCACUACGCCAUCGACAGGACGUUCGACAUCUCAACCCGCUCCAAGGACGUCACCAUCGCCACCCUCCCCACCGCAGCCUGGGCCCUUACCCUCGCCCGCCUGCAGAGCACGCGCGACGUCACCUUUGGCGAAGUUGUCAGCGGCCGCAACAUCGACUUCCCCAACGCCGACAUGGUUGUCGGCCCCUGCUGGCAAUACGUGCCCGUGCGCGUCAAGUUCGAGGACGACUGGACGGUCCUCGACCUCCUCAACCUCGUGCAGAACCAGCACAUUGCCAGCUCGGCGCACGAGGGUAUCGGCCUGCCCGAGAUUGCCAAGCUGUGCACCGACUGGCCCGCCUCGGUGGACUGGUUCGACACGGUGGUGCACCAGGACGUCGAGCACGUCGAGAGCCUCGGUUUCGAGACGGCGAGCAGUCGCAUGGAGACGAUCUACCCGCAGCAGGAGCCACUUCGCGAGUGGAAGAUCCAGGCGUUCCCCCAGGGCGACAAGUUGACGAUUGAGAUUGUCACCUUCGAGUCGUGGAAGGGUCAUGCUGCCGAGCUUCUUGAUAAGAUUGAGGAGACGUUCAAGAUUCUGCUUGGUAACCCCAGGUCGCUGUUGUUUGAGCAGCAAUUCUCCGAUUGGACGAGGGGCUUUGCAAUUGGUUUGGAAAAUGCUGUGAACGAUUUCAUGUUGUUUUGUUGCUCUUUGGAGUUUGGUUGUUUCAAUACACACAUCAUACCAUACCAUACCUUGCGACCCCUCCUCGCUGCUUCUCUGGUUCGCCCAACUUCCUUGCAAGUUGGCGGAAAGUGGCUUGCUUCCCCAUCCUAUCACCUUCUCGUCUCCAGGUUCAAACCUCCACCGCCCUUCAGACUUGUUGUCUUCUCGUUAAAGCAGCGAGAGACUGUCAGGAGGCUCUUCUCGAACUCCUAUCACAGCCUGAUUUUCUCUCGCUGCUUCAACGCACCCCAGCAAUCAACCAACGCCACAAUGUCUGACAACGUCAAUUGGCUUACCGACAGCAAGUUCCUCGCCGAGCUCGAUGCCGGGGACAACGCCGAUGACACCAGCUUUAUGGAUCUCCUUGAUCCUACUCGUUACUACGACUUCGGCCACGUCGACGAUGGCGCUCUUGGCGCUGCGGACCCCCUGGAUCCGUUGCAAAAACAAGGCGCGCACAACUCGAUUUGGCCCGCAGAUGAGAUUAUGCGUCAUUGCAAUCCGGAUGACGGCAACGAUUUGACAUUGUCAUUGGCCAGCGCUUCAAUCCAAAAUGGUUCGAAGGCCCUGGAGACAGCUUCUACUGCUUCAGUCGAGAGGACCGCAGACCCGACUUGUGCAGAGUGCGGCAAACAGUGUGAGUUUGACUCACUCGUACACUGGCAUGCUAAGGAGAACAAUCACAAGGCAUAUUUGUGCCCAGUCCAAGGGUGUGGUAAGGGAUUCACGGCGAAAGGAGAACGGGACGACCAUCGGCGCCAACACGUUGACGGCCAUAAGCGGAUUGAGAAGGGGCAUCCGCUUGCCUGUGUGGAGUGUUCUAUGGAGUUCAAGAACAAGUCUAAACUCCAAGAGCACGCCAACGGAGCACAGCACAACCCCUUUGCUUGUUCCUGUGGCAAACACUUCGCUCGACUUGAUGUUCUCAACCGACAUCUUGACUCCAUGGGGACCGACCUGCCGAAAUUCCCCUGCCAGUUCUGCAAAAGUCACCGCGGGGAGAACGGGUUUCGGAGAAGAGAUCAUUUUCUACAACAUGUGCGGGGCUACCACAAGUUCGAGGCUGAGGGAAAGAUCGAAGAUAUCAUGCCUAGCCGGCGGGGGAAAUAUCAGACACCUCCGGUCUGUCACUUCACGGAUUGCCCGCACCACCGGGACAGCAAGUUCAAAUCACUCAGUCGCGAAGAGCAAAACCGCUCCAAGCCAUUCGAAACACAAUCGGACUAUACGAAGCACAUGAAAAACGCCCACGACUUCACACAAUACCCCUGUACGGCGAGAGGAUGCAGCAAGACUGGCGCCAAGGGUUACGCGAGGGAGAAAGAUCUCAUCAAGCACACAAAGAAGGACCAUUCUGAGACGGAAACAUACGUUCCAGCAACGCGAAACAUCAGGAUUACUUGCCAGGAGUGUGGUGCCAGCCUGGGACCGAACAGCAUGCGCUACCACCGAUGUAAAGAUUCACGGCUUUGUUAG